AUGGCAAAAGCUUUUUGUAUGACGAAUUGGCUUGGCGCACAACCCGCAUAUGUAAAGUAUGAUGUAGACCUCAUAGGACAAGUUUUUUAUGAGCCACAUGAGACUCCAUCAAAGUCAAAAUCAAACGUGCUAAUUAGCGAGCAUAUGUACAGGUGGAUCGAGACGUACGGAUGGAUAAUCUCUUAUGUUGUAAGAGUAAAAACGUAUCAAGGCUACCACCCUGCAGCAUUUUCUGUGGAUUUCACCAGCUUGUUGGCUUUGGCAGCGUGA